UCUUUUCACCACAAUGUACACAACCUUGGUUAUUGAGGCAACCAGAGGUAACCACGAAUCAGCUGUCAGCGGCAGAAGCCGCAUCCUUUGCCUUUGCCUUAAUGAGCGGAGGAGGCGGAGCGCCCCCUUGUGGACACGGGACUCCUUUUCAAGCCCGUCCCCGUUUUCAAUCCGGGCGGAAGGGGCGGCGCGUCUCUCUGCCAUGUCGGACUUGGCUUUAGAGGAGCUCUCUGCGAUUGCCGCGAUUUACUGCGGGGAAGAUGAAUGCGAAGUGCUGGAGGUGUCAGCUGCUGGCAAGCUGAACCAAACGUUCUCCGCUGCUGCCAGUCGCCUCCGAAGACCCCAAGGCUGCUUUGCACGAGUUUACUGUCGGACUGCUAAACAUCACCAAUGCACAUUAAAUAUGCAUCUGAAGACGGAAGGAAUCACAUUUAGGAUUCAGACCAGCUCAAAAGGACCUUUGGGCGCAGAUAUAUUGUUGAAGCUGUUGUUUCAUUUGCCGAUUGGUUACCCAUCAAGCCUGCCGAAUAUCUCUGUUAGCUCUGAGCAGCUUACAAGGACGCAGUGUGCAGCCGUGAAAGGGAGAUUACUCGAGGAAGCAAGGAGGCAUUUUUCACAGCCCAUGGUACACGAGCUGAUUCUCUGGAUAGAGCAGAAUCUUAAGCAUGCUGUCGAGCAAGCUGAAACUUCAGUCUGCAGCGGGGAAAGUACUCUAUCAACAGACGGACCUGAGGAGGAUGGUGUCUGGAUUGCCCUUCUGCGUUUAGAUCACAUGAGAGCGAAGGGAAAAUAUGUCAAAACAGUAGAAAAAUGGUGUGCAGAUCUAAAGCUGACUGGAAGACUGAUGUUCAUGGGCAAGAUGAUUCUGAUUCUUCUUCAAGGAGACAGAGCGAGCAUUAAGGAAUAUCUUCUUCUUCAGAAAACCAGCAAGGUGGAUGUGGAUUCGAGCGGAAAGAAGUGUAAAGAGAAAAUGAUUAGCGUUCUUUCAGAAACAAAAGCCCAGGCAGCACACAGAAGGUUUCAGGCAUUUGAAGUCAAAGAGUACUCAACGCUGGGUGAGCUGCAAAAUGAAUUUGAGGCUGCGGGCCUGGCAGAACUGUUCAGCGAGUUUGUGCUGGCUCGCCUGAAGUAAUUCUGAAGCAAGCGCAUGUGGCUGAGACUAAAACUGUCAUUGAACGUAUCAAAUGGAUGCCGAGAGAAGGUAAAAUGAAAGGUUUUGGUGGAGGACAGCUCUGAAGUGUCUCUUGCAAAAUGUCAGGAAAAAGCUGUCUCCUUGGGAAGUUCUCACACUCAGAUCGGGUGAUGUUUUUGAUUGUGACCACUCUUCGCUGGAACACUUUGCGUAUGAAUGAUAUUUAAGAACCGCAGGUCAGAUGGGAAGCAUGGGCGGCACAGAAAUCACCCUAUUCUUUGGGAUCAGGGUGGAUUGUUCCUCCUUUCUUCUAUAAAUAAAUGAUCUUUUAGAAUAA